AUAUUAAUAAUCUCACAUUAAUUAAAUCUAUUUCUCGUAUAGUCGUUUAUAAUGUAUACAAAUUUCUAUGUAUGAUAUUUCUAUAUAUCUUAAUUAUUUCUUCAAAUUUUAUCAACUGUUUUACCAAUUUUUGUAUUUAUUUAAUUCUUUAGAUGCAAGAUAUAUUCAAAAAGGAAAAAACAGAUUCCCAGAGUAAUUGGAAAGAUACUACCUUGCAAUCUUAUUCACCGAAGGAGAUAAAAUUAUCGGAUGUCGACAGAACUAGUGCGACAAAGACUCAUAAUCUGAACUAUCAUGGACCACAAAAAAAGAAAACCGUGAAUAAUAAUCAGAGUCACACGGUGAUUCGAAACAUAAACAUGAAUAUCAACGAUUUCUAUCACGGGAGCUAUAGACAAGGUAAAAAGAAAGAUUCCCUAUUGACUACAAUCAACAAUCUAGAAGACGUCAUCACGAAAGAACAACAUGUGAACUGCGCGAAUGACAAGAAGAAAAAUCAAAGAUACUCGAGCAGUUUUGUUGGAAACUCAACAAAUCACAAUCUGAGCGUCGAGAAGGAAUUCAACGAGGUAGUCGGCAACAAUUCCAAGGCGAAGACGACCAGCAGCGUCCACGAAGGCGAGGACAUUACGUUGUGUUGGAUCGAGACAAUGACCAUCAAAGAGAAUAAGACCGUUGAACCACCGAAGAGGCUGGUAAUUCGCGAGUACACGAUCUCUUUUGAAAAUUCCGCGACCAUACCGGAUAGGUAUCUCGAAUGUAAGAGACUCGAGGGCGAAUUGGGGGCGAACGAUCUCGAGAUCGGCAAGACGGCUCUGUUCGAGGUCAUAGACGAGGACACUAAGGUCAGCAAAGUCGUCAACUUCACUUCAAUCGGUCACAUCGGCGAUGUCACCAUCUGGCAACAUAAAAGGGUGAAGUGCGGAGUUGGUCCAGUGGUUAGCAAAAACAUUAUUGAAUGGAACGACGGUUCGGAUAACCCGAAGAAGAGAGUGGAGAUCAGGGUCAGCCCCAAGAUGCAUAAGCUAACGACAAAGAAUGAAGAAGAACCCUGCACGCAAAGUACCGAGACAACAGAGAUCGAAGAGAGCAGUAUACCUACCGAUGGCACGAGUUACGUCACUGAACCCUGUAAAAACACAAAGAACGGCAUUUGCGAAGUGACCACGAAGAGUAGCGAAGAGUCGACGAAAUAUCUUGAGAUCAGCACGACUGAAAAGGCAAUCACCGAGUUACCGAGAAGCAGCAGUGAAGAAGAAAGUGAAGAAGACUUGAGUUUAUCUGUCGGCGUCACAACAUCAUCACCUGACGAGAAAGAGAUAUCGACAGAAUCAUCAGUUGCUACGGAAACACCGGUCACGAUUUUCGUAACGAGCGACGAGUCCUUGUCCUCGAAGAAGGACGGUUUGGACUGUGAGAAUUCGUCAGAUCCAGCGUGUGCAGUGCGAGACGUCACGACGUCUUCGUGGGAACUGCCUACUGAAUCAUCAGCUACGACAGAAACGAAUACGCAGACUGGAACAUCAUCAACGGCUUCGGUGGGCACAGCGACGACUUCAAUUCCAGCUAGUCAAGAAGCGACCACGAAAGUGGGCACAGAGAAAGAGCUUUCUAGCCAGAAGAGACCAUUGCUCCCCACGGAACCUUUCAUCUCUAUCGAAGUAGAUACUUCAGAAGAGAUGUCAGAUUUAGUAACCGUACGAACAAGUUCAAUCACACCCACGACAGUGUCUGAAUACGAGAGUGUUUCGAUGGAGAGUGCGGAAUCUACACGUCAGCCAACGGUUGAAACAACUACCACGAUUAUUGAAAGUCUCAGCCAGGGUCAUGGUGUGACUACUACUACUACUACUACUACUACUACUAUACCAGAAACGGAUGUUACAACAAGUCCUAGUGUGGUAAAAGGAAAGGAAGAACACAUGACAGAUAAAGAAAUCAGUGGCUCCGUUUCGGAGGAAUCAACGGAAGAAGAUAUUAUGAUGCCAUCAACCGAAUCGACAAGCAAACGAUCAGAUAGAGUCGAUUACGUUCCACCUUUAGAGAGCAACACAGUAACUUCAGGUGAAAUUGGUACUGAACAAGCUGCUACAACUGCAACGCCAUUGAUUAUCGAAUUCACGCAAGCACCCGGAAAAUCUGGUAAGAUUUUAGGCAAAUUACUUGCAACGGUUUCAACUGAAAGUACGACUAUCGAGUCCGCAUCGGGAGGUACAACUAUUGAGUCGAUUGAAAAUACAGCUUCUGAGUCCUUGUCGACCGAGACUACAGCGAUCGAGUUCUCAUCAACGUCCGAAGAAGGAUCUGUUAGGGAAAGUAAAGAAAAUUUAACGCACGAAAUCGAAGAAGCAACGACGACCAGGCCAAAAGUCGCUGUGGAAGAAGAAUUUAUUUCGACGGUUUCAACUACAACAACAGUAUCGGAAAUGCCAGAAAUCGAAUCAACAACCUUGCCACCGACAACAAGCAAUGAAUAUGAUUACAUAUGUGAAGACUCCGAGGACUGUGCGUACAUCAGCAGUUCGGAAGCUUGCGAUGAGUCCGGGAAUUGCGGUAGUACCAGUGAAUCUUGCGAGUUGGGCGUAUGUUCCAAGGAACAAGGUGUCGAGGAUAAGUCGAUAUCUGAUGUGACUUCUCCAUCAACAAUGAAGACUCACACACCCAUGAUUGAUCUGCAGUCGUCUGAAGUGCCAACGUCCGAAGUGCAGCAACAACUCACAAGUACUACAGCCGCCACGUUGAUCUCUGAGGAGGGUGACAACAGUUCAAUGACGAUCGGCAGUGUUCCUACGGUGGAGACUCGCAGAAGCACACCCUUGUCAUCGACGACUACGCCGCGGCAUAAGUUGAUUUUGAAGAUCAAGGUUCUCCUAGAACACGUUAAUGAGAAGAUGGAGAAAGAGAAUUUGGUUGAAGUCGACAAGCAGUUAUCGUUAGACGAGAACCCGGAACAUCACGGACAUCCCGAUAUGUUCAAACGAUUGAAAUCUUUCAACGAUUCCAUUAAUAUGGAGGCCAUCAGCGCGUUGCUGAAUUGCACCAGCUUGGGCAAUCUGACGAGAGGCGUAAGCCUCGUCAGCAAACAACCAAGUCAGAAUGUUGAUAGUAAAUCUGAUGAAUUGCAAUUUACAUUUUCCGCGAAUACGAAUUCACGGCAGUCUUUCACUUCGGAACAAGCUAAAGACGAUCUUCUUGAAUCUGAUCAAAAAUACGAGACGGAAUCCCGAAAACGAAAACGAAGAGAUUUUGCAAGUAAUAAAGAAGAUACAAUUCUUAAUACUUUUGCAGAUUUAGUUAAUCCUGCGAGCACUUUGAAUGCUAACUCGAUGAAGGAAAGCAUAAGAUCUAGGAACGAACAGAAGACAAGUAACGCUGCGCAUGGAAAGGAAAGGAAUGAAAUUAAAUCAACGCCAGAUAAAAGGGAUAUUGAGAAAACAAAGAUGGAAAUUGUGAGACAAGCUUUACCAGAUGUAGUGAAAGAUUUUUCGGUCGGGUUCCAAAAUGUAAUGUCGCAAUUCGCGCGACAUAAUUCAAUGGAAAACGAUCCUAAAAAAGUGCCAAAAGUAAAUCUGUUUGAUAUCAUAACUAAUCCCAAGGACAGCAGGUUUCACUCGAGGAGAAGAAGAGCGGCUACAGAGGAAGUUGGACGCUGGUCGAAUGAAAGAAUCAGGAAGGCGGCAAUAGGCGGCAAUCUUAGAAGUUUCACUGAAUUUGUAUUGUAUGAUAUUCUGUCUUGAAAUUUACUUUCUUAUUACUCUGGCGAGUGUAAUAUCGUAACAUUUAAUGUCGUAUAAUUUUAAUAAAGCGAAAAUAUAGAAGAUUGUACA